GUUACAUCGGUUGAGUGUGCUGUGCAUGUGCAUGACUGGUCUGUGUGAACCAAAAUCCGGCCCUGUUGAUUUAUGAGAAAGGAAGAAAAGGCUUCUUGAAGAACUUGGAGAGAACAGACUUCCAUAUAUGACUCCAGCCGAUGAUGAUUUCCAUCAGUUGUGGAAGACCAAAUAUUCCAAGCUGAUUUUCAGAAAAUCUGAGACAGUACCUGAAGAGCUCCAUCAAAUGGUACAAAAAGGCUUUCUGACCUUGCGAGAACACGAUUGUUUCUUUCAAGAUCUUGUAAGGAUCAAAGGAAAAGAUUUCCUUACUCCAGUGUCUCGUAUAUUAAUUGGAAACCCAGGAUGCACUUACAAGUACUUGAACACAAGAUUGUUUACAGUUCCUUGGCCUACUGAAGGUUAUGAUAUAAAAUAUUGCAGUCCUCAGAUACAUGAUGCUUGUAAAGCAUUAAUCAGACUUAAUGACUACUUGCAUAUUGAAGCAGUCAAGACAUUACAAGGACAAAAUUUAUGUGAGACCAAAGAAAUUACAGAUACUACUGUAAUAGAUAGGGAGCAAAGUUUUGCUACUUCUCUUACGGAGCGAGGGUCUGUUUCAAAAGAUCAAAGCAGUGUUUGUGUUCCAGAGGAUGACUCCAUAAGCCUGAAGAACAGAACAUCUUAUAACCUGACUUUAUUAAAUUAUAUGGAUCCACUGCAAAUGCUGUACUUGAAACAAGAACCUUAUUUUGGAAUGGGGAACAUGGCAGUGAGCUGGCACCACGACGAGAAUCUGGUUGAAAGGUCGACGGUUGCUGUGUACAGUUACAGCUGUGAAGAUUCAGGUGUGGGAGAAAGCAAUGAACAAGAACUGAAGGGAAGAGACCCAGCUGUUUGGCACGUAGGCUUGAAGGUAGCGUGGGACAUUGAGACACCUGGAUUAGCAAUACCACUUCACCAAGGAGACUUCUACUUGAUGCUUGAUGAUCUCAAUAUGACACAUCAGCACUGUGUUGUGGCUGGUUUAUCACCUCGAUUCAGCUCAACUCAUCGAGUGGCAGAUUGUUCUAGAGGAACAUUGGAAUACAUAUUUGGACAAUGUGAACUGGCACUCCAGAAUUUACAGACUGAUUCUGAUUCAAUGGCUUUAUCUUUGAAAUCACUGGAAGCUGCAGUUGUGAAGCAAGUAGAAGAAAUACAUAAUGAGGUUGAAUUUGAGUGGCUUAGGCAGUUUUGGUUCCAAGGCAAGAGGUAUUUGAAGUGCACUGAUUGGUGGCUUAAGCCUAUGGCUAAAUUGGAAGAAUUUUGGAGAAAAAUGGAGAUUAUGACAAGUCUGGUCCUCUCUGAAGUUAGAAAAGAACAACAAAUUGAGGAACAAAGGAAUGAAACCAUCAGCUGCUUCCUGCUAGUCCUUAAGGAGCGACAGAGGCUGCGUAAAGAAUGGACAGUAAGAUGCCAGUCAGAUGCAGCAGAGAGCUUGCCAGAAGACCAGAAACCAGAAUGUCAUCCCUUCUGGACAGAUGAUGAUGAAUGUAAUAUGCCUCUACCAUAUGAUCUUGAAGAAGUAAUUGCUUAUCUGCAAAAUCUUACUCAAUGGAUAACAAGUGACCUUCCAGCCUAGAAUUAUUGAUGCUCAUCAUCUGGGGAGAAGCUUUGUAGUUUAACAUAAAUCCUUUUCAGCUUUAUGAUUCCUUCAUUAUGUGUUGUUUUAUAUGUCAAUGCAGAUUUUACCAGUCAUCGCACAGUACCUUAGUUACUGUCUCAUAAUAAAAAAGACCAGCCCCCAAAUUUACAGAAGCAUGUGUUUUUUAAGACCUGAAGUCCAGAACACCAGCUUUAGUUCUGUCCUCCUCUGCUCUGAUUCCCAUUGACCCUACAGCCCAGGGAUAUCCAUGUUUCACAGAAGCACAGAAUGGAUCAGGUUGGAAGGGACCACAGUGGGAUCAUAUGAUCCAACCUCCCUGCUCAAGCUGGGUUGUUCUAGAGCACAAGACACAGGAUUGCAUCCAGACAGUUCUUGAUUAUCUCCAGUGAGGGAGAUAUUACCCUCUCUGGGCAAUCUGUUCUUCCUCAUAUUGAGGUGGGACUUCCUGAGCAUCAGUUUCUGCCCAUUGUCUCUUGUCCUGUAUCUCGGCACCACCAAGCAGAGCCUGGUCCAUCCUCUGACACCCUCCUCCAGAUACUGGUAGUCAUUGAUAAUGUUCCUUCUCAGUCAUCUCUUCUUGAGGCUGAACAGGCCCAACUCCCUCAACCAGUGUGUUUUCACAGGUUCCUUUGGUAUCUAUAUUUCAGCUUCCGUGAGUGCCUACAACUGCCUCCGGUUUGACAGGUUUGAGCAACACAAGGUGUAUCUCAUACCUGUGGCAAAGCAGACUUAAUGAUUUGGACAUCCUAAUGAGAGGUGAGGUUGGGGUGAGCCUGCUGGAGGUCUUCAAAACAGAGCUAUGAAUUCUUCAUCCACUAACACGGAGGGGCAGGAGAUGAUGGAGAUAAUCCUUUAUGCAGUGGCUCCUUGUUAGACCAUUUUUUCUGAUGAGGAACUCUGGAGGAGCAUCCUAACAUAGAUCCCAAGACUUUCUUGCUGCUUUGCAUCAUAGCAGUUGAGUACUCCUGGGAGAGAUUUCCAAUGUGAAUCUAAACCUCCUGGGCUCCCUGGAGCUCAGAAUUCAGUUCCUAACCAUUAUUUUGUUUUUUACGUGUUGUGAAUUCUGUUCUGAGACCAGGUUUCCCAGUGCACUGCCUGAAGAGCUGAUGGACCUAAAUAAGGAUUUCCAUUUGGGUUGUUGGGUUGAUAUUGGGCAUUACAGCAUCUAGUGAGAUCUAUGAGAACAAAACCAGAAGACUAUGAGAAAUGAAGCUGUUUGUGAACUGUUUUGUAGUAAUGCGCUAUAAAAAGAACAAUUCUAGGUUGGAUGAUAUAUAGCACUGCUGAAUGAGAUAGAGAAUUUUGAUUUGGUUAAAUUGCUAUUUUAACUUGAACUGGUGUACAACUUUGCCACAAAAAGCAGAAUAAAAUCAUUACAGUGAAAAAGCACUCAGGCUCUAUUACCACUACAAAAGAGGCCAGUAAGACUCAGAGCUUGACGUUGCCACCAAGAAAUGAAUAUGCCUCCCGUGUUAAUCUUCUGUUUAAAGUCACUGCUGAGGCCAGGCUCACCCAGAGCAUACCAGCAUUCUGUACUGGCAAAGAGCUCUGUGUGCAGAUGAGGCUUGUCCUGCUGAAAACUGUACUUUUGACAGUCUAACGUGUGCCAGACCUCCCUGGAGCUAAAGAAGCUGUGCCAGUAAAAAUUCAGUUUUAGUGGUAUGAAACUGUGUCCACACCUACAAGCUUUUGCCAGAACAAUUAUAUCAAGUAGAGAUUGUACCUCAUAACACUUUUGGCAUAGUUGUGCCAGCAAAACUGUAAAGACCUGAAUCAAGUGUUUUCAUUGUAGUCCUGGGCUUCUGCAAAAACUGUUAGCCACCCUUUAGAAUGUAAAGACUCUCUCAAGAAUAUAUUAUUAUUUAAAGUAGAUUUAAUUAUAUUAUUACCUUGAUCCACACAUUUAUCUAUUGUCUCUUGUGCCACAGAUUUCAUAUCAUUU